AUAACUGCAUAACGAAUUCAUUAUCUGGUUGGCAAUCUCUAUCUGCCAAUCUCAUUACCCAAUUACCUUUGAAGGAUCCAUGUUUAAUACUUACCAACAACAACCAAACCCAACAUCAAGAAUUUACAAAAUCAAAUUCCCUCUCAAUUAAUUGGCGUUUCAUGAGUUCGAAAGCAAUUCCCCCCUCAGCAUAUCAAGGCCAAAGUUCUAUCCAAGCAAUCAUCAUCGUCGUCGUCGUCAUCAUUCGAUCAAGAUGGCGUCCGAGACCACAACCGUGGAAGGUUGGACGAGCGGGGUCAUCAACGUAUGCCUCAACGAAUCCAUCCCGACGUCCCUCGACACGUCGGUAUUCUGGAAACUGGCCAGGCCCGAGAACGAAAACAAUCACACGUUCAUCCAUUACGUUCCUUACUACUUCGUGCAAUUUGCUGCCAUCCUCUUCGGCAUCAACGUCAUUUCGGCCAUCCUCAAGCCAUUACGCUUCCCUCGUUUUUCGGUCGAAUUGCUGGCUGGAAUUUUGAUUGGCCAGGGAUUGCGAACAUGGGCUAGGGUUUAUGCCAUUCCUACUAAUAGCCUCAAGGUGCUCGACACUUUGGGACAUGCGAGCCUCAUUUACUACGUGUUCUUGGUGGGGCUCGAGAUCGACCUGCGCACGGUUAGACACAUAGGAAAAGAGGCGGUCUACACGGGUUUAACCGGGACGAUACUUCCUCUCUUCGUAGGGUUCGUCGAGUUCUUCGUAAUGGCAGCUGAUCCAAGAUACACAAAUUUCUUCUCCCAGGAGUUCUGGGAGAAUCUGGCUCCGGUCAAGCUGACCGGACCCGUGUUUUGGGGAGUCGCCCUCACCGUCACCAGCUUCCCCGAUCUCGCCAGGAUACUCUCAGACACCAAGCUCCUCCACACCGACAUGGGGAGGCUGGCCCUGUCGUCCUCCAUCAUCAGCGAGCUCACGACGUGGAUCCUUCUGGUCAUCGCGCUCACGCUGAACAACGGCACAUUGAACCCUUUGUACCUCCUCCCGACGUUCGCCUUCUUCGCCGCGUCCUGGUUCCUGGUGCGCCCCGCGGCCACGUGGUUCCUCAGGCACGCGGACGAGACGGACAACAAGCUGCUCCUCAACUUCACCAUCUUCGGCGGGAUCCUGUCCUCGUCGAUCAUCACCGAGGCUUGUGGCGCCAACUCGAUGAUUGGCGCCUUCGUGUUCGGGCUCGUCAUCCCCAGUGGGGAUGUCUACACCGUGAAGCUCAUGGAGAUAUUCGAGGAGUACGUCAAGGGGAUCCUGAUGCCCGUGUUUUUCAUGGAUAACGGGGUGAGGAGCAGCCUGGCUGCCCUCACCGCCAACUCCGUGUUCGUGACGCCUCCCCACGCCAUCUUCCUCCUCGUGGUACUCGCCUGGUCGGCCAAGAUCGUCGGUACUUUUGUUUUCUCCAAACUUUCGGGGAUGAGUAGCCGUGACGCGUUCACGCUCGGAGUCCUCAUGAACACGAAAGGGGUUCUCGCUCUAGUCGUCAUCAACACGGGCCGCAACAACCAGGGCCUCAGCCAAGUAAUGUUCCUCACGCUGGUACUCUCGAUGCUGUUCAUGUCCGUCACGAUCAUGCCCUUGGUCCGAGCGGCGAACAAGUCCACCAGAAAAUCUAGCCAAUUCAAGCGCAGAACAAUGGAGAGCAACAAGCUGGAGUCGGAGCUCAGGGUGCUGGCGUGCAUCCAUACGACGCGUAAUCUUUCGGGGAUGGUCUACCUCCUCGAGUCCUCCAACGGAAGCAAGCAGUACCCGAUAUCGGUGUUCGCUCUCCACUUGGUCCAGCUCACCGAUCGACGUGCCACGGCAAUGCUAAUCGUCCACGACAACAGCAGCAACCACAACAAGCACAACAACAACAUCUCCCGCCACAGUUUCGAAGGAUCGGGGCAGAACCUGAGCCGUCGAGAGGAGGAGUCGCAGCACAUCAUCAUGACGUUCGAGAGCCUCGAGAAUCGAGGCGCGUCGGUGUCUGCUCAGUCGCUCACCGUGGUGUCCCCGUACGCCACGAUGCACGAGGACAUCACCUGCCUAGGGGAGGACAAGAGGGUGACGCUGAUCCUCGUGCCUUUCCACAAGCAAGCUGAUGUCUACGGGAGGUUUCAGGACGAGAACACGAACUGGAGGACGAUGAACAAGAACCUCAUGGCCACGACGACUUGCUCCAUAGGUAUACUCGUGGACCGUGGGCUAGGCAGCAGCUCGAAGGACGUGACAACAACGUCGCGAUCUCAAUCCUCGUUCGUUGUUAUCUUCAUUGGAGGGCCGGAUGAUCGGGAGGCGCUUGCUUAUGGCUGGAGGAUGGCUAAAUCGCCUAAUGUCAACCUCACCAUGCUUCGGCUCCUCUCUGUCGACGACGACGAUGAUGGUGAUGGUGAUGUACACGGUGACAAUAUCGAAGAUGUAACGGUCGAACGGGGAGGAGCGACGAUGAGGAGCAAGAGAGACGAGAGCGAGUUGGACGACGAGUACGUGAACGAGUUCAGGUUCAGGACCAUGCAGGACGAGAGCAUAAAGUACGUCGAGAAGCAAGUGAAGUCCGGGGAUGAGGUGAUCACGAUGAUUGGACGAGUGGUGACAUCUUGUGAUCUCUACAUACUGGGACAGAGCAAAAACGUGAGGUCGUCGAUCAUGUCGGGGUUGUCGGAAUGGACGGAGUACGACGAGUUGGGCGUGUUGGGAGACACGUUGAUGGCUUCCGAAUUCGCACAACGAUCCUCCCUUCUUGUUCUCAAGCAACAUUAUGUUCCCGGGAUGCGUAUGUGGAUUCGUCGCGACGCCGACAACAGCAAGAACAAUGACAAUGGUAGGGUUUCACUAGCGUUUUCCAACAGUAACGCCAACGUCAUUUCAAAUGAUGUGCGGAUCAACCGUCCACCCAUGCCGCGGCAAUAACCCAAUGCCAAAAAGAAUUACAAUGUACUAAUUCUAACUCGAAAAACAUCCUAAUUAACUAGUGUAACGAUAGUUUUUCAAAAAUACGUUUUUUUUUUCUCUCUUCUUUCCUUGAAUCGCUUCUUCUUCCUUCACUGCAAGAAAAUCUAACUUUAGAGAUAAAUAAUUAGAAACAAUUAUUGUAUUAGUUCCUAUAUCUAAUCUAUUGUUGCAAAUAUAUUAUUUGUCUCAAUAUAUCAUACUAAUGGUCUCCGUAACUUAAU